UGCCCGCGCCCGUGACGUCAGUCUCCCGCGCCGGCGACGGCACGUUGGCCCCGCGGUAUAGCGGGCUUUACCUGGGGCAAAAAUGUCUAUGGGUAGUGAUUUCUACCUGCGCUACUACGUCGGGCACAAGGGCAAGUUUGGGCACGAGUUUUUGGAGUUCGAGUUUCGGCCCGACGCUAGCAGAAUUCUAAAGCAUUUCAGUAACUUUAAAGAAGAUGUGGUCUGCUAAUAUACUAUUGAAAAGCCCUGCAACAGUGACUGCAAGAAAUCUAGGAAGAAAACACCCAAGAUUCAGCAUCUACUUACUUCACCUGUCCAUCUCCAAUGUAUUGUUCUGAAGAAGCAACACACUAAGAAAAAUAAGGGAAGCUUAGAUAUGCCAACAACAGCAAUUAUAAAAAUGAUGUGAUGAUCAGAAAAGAGGCCUAUGUCCACAAGAGUGUAAUGGAAGAACUGAAGAGAAUUAUUGAUGACAGUGAAAUUACAAAAGAGGACGACGCUCUGUGGCCACCCCCUGACAGGGUUGGCCGGCAGGAACUUGAAAUCGUAAUUGGGGAUGAACACAUUUCUUUUACCACAUCAAAAAUAGGUUCUCUUAUUGAUGUAAAUCAGUCGAAGGAUCCCGAAGGCCUUCGUGUAUUUUACUAUUUGGUACAAGACUUGAAAUGCUUAGUGUUCAGCCUCAUUGGUCUACACUUCAAGAUUAAGCCAAUUUGAAUUGGAUGUUUUUGAGGUUAUUUAUAUAUUUAAUUAAAGGAAGGGUUUUCUAUUGACAAUUUUGGGAUUUUUAUGAAUGUGAAACUUUUGUAUAUAAACUCAAUAUAUGAAAAAAAACACCAGGUUACAUGGUUUUCAUUUCUUGGCUCCACAUGGAAUAGACAGUUUCUAUAUAUAAUUGAUUCUGUAAAUAAAAGCCAUUUUUUGUUGAAAUUUUGCUCUAAUAAAAUGUACCAAAGCCU